CAGCUUAUUCUCCGUUUACCGAAACAUGUCCUGGCUGUUCGGCCUGAAUAAGGGGCAGCCCGAGGCUCCCCCGGAAUUCCCGGUUCCACCGCCACCCCCUCCACCGGCUGGCGGCUCCGGAGGUGGCGGAGAUAAACCCAAGGACAAAUGGAGCAACUUCGACCCAACCGGGCUGGAGCGAGCGGCCCAAGCGGCGAAGGAGCUCGACAAGUCUCGUCAUGCCAAAGAGGCCCUGGAUCUGGCUCGCAUGCAGGAGCAAUCUGUUCAGAUGGAACACCAGACCAAAAUCAAGGAGUACGAGGCAGCAGUGGAGCAGCUGAAGGGGAUCAGCUGCGUAUUCAAGGGGAGGAGAGGAGGAAAACUGUCGGAGAGGAGACCAAGCAGCAUCAAUCGAGAGCACAGUUCCAAGACAGACUUGCCAGACAGAGGUAUGAGGAUCAACUCAAGCAACAGCAAGCCCUGAAUGAGGACAACCUUCGGAAACAGGAGGACUCUGUGCUUAAACAGGAAGCCAUGAGGAAAGCAACAAUUGAGCACGAGAUGCAGCUGAGGCACAAGAAUGAGCUGCUACGCGUAGAGGCGGAGUCUAAAGCGCGGGCACGUGUUGAGCGGGAAAAUGCAGACAUCAUCCGUGAGCAGAUCCGCCUGAAGGCAGCAGAGCACAGACAGACUGUACUAGAGACUAUACGGACUGCAGGUGCUGUGUUUGGGGAAGGAUUCCGGGCUUUUGUGUCGGACUGGGAUAAAGUUACAGCUACGGUGAAACCUACCUUCCACUCUACAUACUUGUUUAUGCUCAUCCUUAUGCAAACUGCUAAUGACUCAUAAAUAUACUGAACAAAAAUAUAAAUGCAACAUGCAACCAUUUCAUAGAUUUUUGUGAAUUACAGUUUUAUAUGAGGAAAUCAGUCAAUAUAAAUAAAUAAAUUAGGCCCUAAUUUAUGAAUUUCACGUGACUGGGAAUACAGACAUGCAUCUGUUGGUCACAAAUACCCUAAAAAUCAAUGGGCCUCACAAUGGGCCUCAGGAUCUCGUCACAGUAUUUUUGUGCAUUCAAAUUGCCAUCGAUAAAAUGAAAUUGUGUUUGUUGUCUGUAGCCCAUACCAUAACCCACAGCCACCAUGGGGCACUCUGUUCACAACGUUGACAUCAGUAAACCGCUCACCCAUAUGAUGUCAUACAUGUGGUCUGCGGUGGUGAGGCCGGUUGGACGUACUUUUAUGGUCCCCCAGCACAAGGUGCACCUGUGUAAUGAUCGUGCUGUUUAAUCAGCUUCUUCAUAUGCCACACCUGUCAAGUGGAUGGAUUAUCUUGGCAAAGGAGAAAUGCUCACUAACUAAUUGUUGAGUGUAUGAUAUGUUAAAUGUUUAUAUCUGAUUUGAGUUGUCCUUGGAGUGUCUCUAAAUAUAGUGUAAUUUCCCCCCCACACCACCAGGUGGCAGGACUGACUCUGCUGGCUGUAGGUGUGUAUUCUGCCCGGAACGCCACAGCUGUGGCGGGGCGCUACAUUGAGGCCCGACUCGGGAAGCCCUCAUUGGUCAGAGAGACUUCUCGCAUCACUGUGGCGGAGGCAAUCAAGCACCCGAUCAAGAUGUCAAAGCGCCUGACGAGUAAACCUCAGGAUGCCCUGGAGGGAGUAGUGCUCAGUCCUAACCUAGAAGAACGUGUACGUGAUAUUGCCAUAGCAACUAGGAACACGCGUCAGAACAAGGGGCUCUACAGGAACAUCCUCAUGUAUGGCCCACCGGGUACUGGCAAGACCCUCUUCGCCAAGAAGCUGGCAGUGCACUCUGGGAUGGACUAUGCCAUCAUGACUGGUGGAGAUGUGGCGCCCAUGGGCCGUGAGGGCGUCACCGCCAUGCACAAAGUCUUUGACUGGGCCAACACCAGUCGCCGCGGCCUGCUGCUGUUUGUUGAUGAAGCCGAUGCAUUCCUUCGCAAGAGGUCUACUGAAAAGAUCAGUGAAGAGCUCAGAGCCACUUUGAACGCAUUCCUGUAUCGCACUGGAGAGCAGAGCAACAAGUUCAUGAUGGUGCUGGCCAGUAACCAGCCGGAGCAGUUUGACUGGGCCAUCAACGACCGCAUUGACGAGAUAGUCAACUUCGCCCUGCCGGGUCCUGAUGAGAGGGAGAGGCUGGUGCGUCUGUACUUUGACAGAUAUGUGCUGGAGCCUGCCACAGGGGGGAGACAGAGAAUGAAGCUGGCUCAGUUUGACUAUGGAAAGAAGUGCUCGGACAUCGCUAAGCGGGCAGAGGGCAUGUCAGGCAGAGAGAUCUCCAAACUGGGCGUGGCCUGGCAGGCGGCAGCCUACUCCUCAGAGGAUGGCGUCCUAACGGAGGCCAUGAUUGAUGCUCGGGUGGACGAUGCCAUGCGGCAGCACCUCCAGAAGAUGGACUGGCUGCAUGGGCACACUAAGGAGGCUGGGGCCAAGAGCACCGCCUCUCCCAGCGCUGGACCAGCAGACAGCAGCAAGAUGGGCUUCACUCUGCCUCCAGGGGAGCCGCCACAGGCCCAGGAUGUGCUCACUCCAGCUCUGGAGAUGGACAACAAACCAGAGGCCCAUGUCAUUCAGGAGGAGCUGAAACUAGAGGUGCCAGCCCCACCUUCACCAGACGGUGCCGAACUGCCUGUGGAGGAGGGGACUGUCCCGGCUAAGGGGGAGGGUGUCAAAGCAGAAACGGUGGUAACACCUCAGGGGGAGGUGGCAGAGGGUGUAUCCCAGACUGAUGCAGCCCCAAGCAGUGAGGGUGGGACAGGGAAGGAGGGGAAGACCAAAACUCCUCCCAAGGAUGGGACUCCAGUUUAACAUUAGGGGCCAAAGGAAGGACAGGACAGGGGCUGCUGCCUGGGAUUAAUGGGAUUACAGGGGGGCGCCUCCUGUUCCUGCUCACUGUCUGUAGUCUUGGUCUGUGUACAUCUGUCUGACUGAAGAGUUGGUGGGCAGCGGGAGGAGGGAUGGAGGCACUAACAUUUUAUGAAGCAAUCCUGGAGAAGCAGGAGAGCUGUAAUAUAAUUUGUGUAAAAUGUAAGAAAAAAAGUGUACUUUACAUGGAAACCCUAUGUCUGUAAUAGUAUUAAUGUUGAUGUGCACUGUAAGAGAUAAUACUCUAUUUAAAUGACGGUGUGGAUGGAGAUUACUUUGUUUUUAUGAAUAGUAAAAUAAUCCAAGUUUCUUA